CACGAUUCGCCGCUCUGGAUGAACAGAAGUCUAAUAAACAUCUAACCGUAAACAACAAAUCACUUUUGGUGCAAUAAAAAUAGUACGAAGAAGUCUUUGGAUAAUGAAAUUAAUUGCCGCGUUGUGUUUGGCGCUAAGCCUGUGCGUGGUGUUAUGUCAUGCUGCGCCCGUGGAACGUGAAACGCUCUUGAGCAUUGAAGACGCACAGCCUGUGGUUAUUGCUGUUGAGGGGCAACCGCAACCACUGAUACGCGUAGCACGUCAUGGUCAUCGUGGUUUUGGUGGUUAUGGCGGCUAUGGCGGUUAUGGCGGUGGUCCCGGAUAUGGUGGCUUCGGUGGAGGUCCUGGAUAUGGUGGCUUUGGGGGUGGUCCAGGAUAUGGUGGAUUUGGUGGAGGCCCUGGAUAUGGUGGCUUUGGAGGAGGUCCUGGAUACGGUGGCUUUGGGGGAGGUCCAGGAUAUGGUGGUUAUGGCGGAAGUUAUAGUAGUUCUAGUGCAUCUGCUAGCUCAAGUUCCGGUGGCUACUUUGGUUAAGAUAUUUCCUUGAAUAGUGGCAUUAAUUAUAGUAUUUAUUAUUUUGCAUUUCUAUGUUAUUAAUAAAAAGUGAAUUUAAUUAAAAUCACAAAAUAGUUUCAAAA